AUGACGCCCGCCCACCCCAUGAUGCUUGCCGACAUCCAAGGUACAUAUGCUCCGGAGAGUCGAGCUGUUGACAUGGAGUUCUUGUGUGUUGUUGCCGGGAAGCAUGUCUGGUCUGUGCAUGUGGACCUUCACAUAUUGGAUGACGGAGGGAAUCUCAUUGAUGCAGCUAAUAUCGCUGCAUUGGCAGCUUUAUCUACUUUCUGGAGGCCUGAAUGCACGGUUGGUGGGGACGAUGGUCAGCAAGUUACAGUGCAUGAUCCUGAGGUUAGGGAUCCACUUCCUCUUACGAUACACCAUAUGCCCAUAGCUGUAACAUUUGCAUAUUUUGGUGAAGGUAACAUCGUGGUUCUUGAUCCCACAUACAAGGAAGAAGCAGUAAUGGGAGGGAGGAUGGCUGCUAUAGUUAACUCAAAUGGGGAUGUUUGUGCCAUUCAGAAAGCUGGUGGAGAGGGUCUCAUGUCAAGUGUUACCAUGCAGUGUUUAAGAAUUGCUUCGGUAAAGGCUGCUGAUAUAACAAGCAAAAUAAAGAAAGCAGUAAGUAACCCCCUCAGAUUGAUGACUAGCCGAGGUGCCCAUGUGUUGAUAUGGUUCCCAACAAAGUUCAAAUCAAAGCAUGCUUAUGAUGUAAAAUGAAAUAUAAUUAAAUUC